AUGGAGCCUGUUUCUUCAAAAGAUGAAAACUACCCUAAGCCUAACUAUCUCCCACACCAUGUGAUUUUUAAUGAUCUUCUGUUAAAAUUCAGAGUAGUAUUUAACGGUUCUUUUCUAACUAGUUCCGGCGUGUCUCUUAAUGAUAUCCUGCACCCCGGGCAGAAACUGCAACCAGACAUUUGGCUCAUCAUCAGUCGCUGGAGGUUUUGGAAGUUCGUGUUCACUGCCGAUAUUGUUAAAAUGUUUAGGCAAAUAAGAAUCGUGUCUUCCAAUUGCAACUUGCAACGAAUCGUUUGGAGACCUGAUCCAAGCCAACCCUUUCAGGAAUACAAUCUAACUACUGUCACUUACGGCACUAGACCUGCUCCUUUUCUAGCCAUUCGAGUUCGUCAACAACUGGCUAACGAUGAAAGGGAACAGUUCCCAUUAGGUGCUGAAGUCUUACUCCAAAAUACUUACGUUGAUGAUAUUUAUCCCGGUGCAAAUUCUUUACAACACGCCAUUGAAAUAAGAGAUGAUCUUGUCAAUAUCCUAGCUUCUUGUGGAGUCACACUUAGUAAAUGGGCCGCCAAUGAUAACGCUUUACUUCCAGAUAAUAGUAAUGAAAAAAUAAAAUCCGAUAAGGCAUUUGAUUUCGAAAAUUCAGUGUCCACACUAGGUCUGCGCUGGAAUCAAACCUCUGAUGAUUUCCAUUUCGAAAUAACACCUAUCUUGUUAUCAAAUCCAACAAAGCGAAUGGUCGCCUCUGAAAUCGCAAAACUUUUUGACCCAUUAGGUUGGUUGUCACCAUUCUUGCUCACAGCUAAAAUUCUUCUUCAAGAUUGUUGGUUGGCUGGAAUUAAUUGGGAUGCAACUCUUCCUGAAACUCUUCAGAUUAAGUGGAGUGAUUUCCAAAAACAGUUUAACCAGCUCGGCAUGAUUAAGAUUCCUCGAUACAUUCAAACCAACGAUGAUCAGUCCAAUUGGGAGCUCCAUGGUUUCGCUGAUGCCUUUGAGAGAGCUUAUUCUGCAGUGUUGUUCUUAGUCGAUCGAUCUACGGAUGUUGCACAUUCCCAUCUUCUUAUUUCGAAAACAAAGUUGGCACCAGUCAAAGCAAUUUCUCUUCCCAAGUUGGAACUUUGUGCUGCUCAUCUUUUGUCUAAACUAGUUGCAAUCAUCAUCGAAAAACUACUAACCUCAAUCCAAUUAAUAUAUUACUGGUCAGACUCGCAAAUUGUUUUAUCUUGGCUUCAAGAAUACAAUCCUGCUGAUUGUGCAACGAGAGGAUUCACGGUACAAGAACUUCAUGAAUCUUCUCUCUGGUGGCAUGGACCAGAAUGGCUGAUCGAAGAUCCUGAACUUCAAGACCCUGACUUAUUAGAAAGAGUUUCAUCGUUGUCCAAACUCGUCAGAGUUACAGCCUACUGUUUUCGUUUCGUACGGAAACUACGAGAUCGAACUGUUGACUUACCAACUUACCUUACCUCUGAUGACCUGAAAGAAUCACUUAAUGCCUGGAUUGUAUUAGUCCAAAAUGAACAUUUCAGUCAAGUUAGAAAUACCUUGGAAGCCGGUCGACGCCUACCCUCUAAACAUCUUAUGUUAAAGCUAACUCUAUUUUUGGAUCAAAAUUCAAUCCUCCGAGUUACAGGUCGCCUGGAGAAUUCAUUUUUAUCUUAUGACGAAAAACACCCGAUAAUUUUACCCAAAAAUUCUCGUUUCUCAAAACUAAUUGUCCUAAAAGCUCAUUCUGAGUGCUUGCACGGAGGUCAGCAGCUCACUUUGAGCAGAGUUCUUCAAAAGUUCUGGAUCAUCAGUGAGAAGACAUUCAUCAACAAAAUCGUUCGAGACUGUGUUAAAUGCGCUCGAUUUCGUACCGUAACACCAACUCAACUCAUGGGUCAGCUGCCAGUUGAAAGAAUCACCGUAUCAAAACCGUUCACUUUCACUGGUCUUGACUACGCUGGUCCCAUUAGAGUUCUUCCCUCGAAAAGUCGAGGCAUCAAAUCAACUAAAGGCUAUCUCUGCCUAUUCGUCUGUCUUUCUACACGAGCCAUUCACCUUGAAUUGGUUUCCGAUCUUGAAACAAAAACCUUUUUAGGUGCAUUUAAUCGAUUCACUUCACGUCGUGGUCAGUGUAUCAAGGUUUUUAGUGAUAAUGCCCGAACCUUCGUUGGCGCUGAAAGAGAAUUGAAGGCACUUUUCUCUGGCGCAAAAAGUAUUUUUCCCAGAGUUGCCGAGGUACUCGCUACUCAAGGAACCACGUGUUCCUUUAUUCCUCCACACUCCCCUCACUUCGGAGGAAUUUGGGAGGCAGGAGUUUAA